GAUCAGUUGGUCCGCCAUCACGUGCCCACCGAUGUCUAUGAGCUGUUUCAGCGCAAGUGCCGCGACAGGGCUCUCAUGCGGGACCCAAACUUUCAAUGGUGUACUCAGUGUAGCUCAGGUUUCAUAGCACCCAACCUCCAGGCGCUGACCCUCAUGUGUCCGGACUGUAAGAACCUAACGUGUACUCAAUGCAAGAAAAAGUGGAAGAAACAACACUUUGGCAUCACUUGCGAACAGUUCGCCGAAUGGGAAAAGGCUAACGACCCCUCAUUUGCUGAACAACAACUCGAUAAACACCUUAAAGAGUUUGGUAUUGAUUGUCCUAAUUGUAAAUUCAAAUACCAGUUGGCAAAGGGUGGUUGUAUGCACUUUCGAUGCAUUCAGUGCUCGUACGACUUCUGCGGCGGUUGUCAGCGACCAUUCAAAAUGGGAAAUAGAUGUGGUGUCUCUCCGUUUUGCGAGAAACUGGGUCUCCAUUCACACCAUCCGAGAAAUUGUCUCUUUUAUUUGAGAGACAAAGACACUCAAGAAUUGCAAGCAUUGCUUGAUAAAGAAAAUAUUAAAUACAAAACCAAAUUAGAUUCGGACCAUAAGAGCACCCGAUGUCCUGUUAUGGAGCAGAAGGACACCGAUAAUGGUAUGCGAGACGAGGCCUGCGGUCGGUAUGUCGAGAAUGCAGGUCUAUGCAGACUUCACUAUAAGGAGUAUUUGGGAGAUUUGAUAUGGAAGGCAGGGCUCGACCCCAUACUAGUGUUCAAUACGGAUGAACUGGAAUUAGUGCUCAAACGCGAGAAUAUUCAACUCCCGGACAAGAAUCGAGAUUAUAAUAACUGGUACGACAAAGAGUUAUACACACAAAAGUUGCUCGAUAUGAUUUUGGAGAAAAUUCCGCUUAAAAACGAGUGUUAA